CUUGGCCCCCAGCUGCACGCCUUUUGUUUAGUUUGCCGUUUUUUUCUGUUUUCUCCUAUUUCCUCAAUGAUUGGCCAGUAAAACUAUGGAUCAGCUCUAUCUGGAGAUCGAGAUCAGCACUCGGGAUUCGGUGACCACCAUUUACACCAGUGUUUCCUCGUUCCUGGCCCUCUACACCUAUAACUACCUGAUCGAGAAAAACAAUGUGCCUGUGAGGGUUAAUUUUGUGGCCACCAAGAUAGCUGGCGGUAAAAUAGCUUUAAGGAGCGAUCAUCUGAAGAAGGAGCUUACGGACCAGCACAUAACAUGCCGUGAGGCGGCGUCCCUAGCCGCUAUUCGGGAUCUAAAGUUACCCAUUUAUGAGAAGGAUGGAAACACCUACAUAGCUGGAACUUGUGCUGUUUGCAGGGAGCUCAUUGCCCGACAACCGAAUGAGGAGCUUAAAAAACUGCUGGGAUUCAAGGGCAGCUGCCUUUUGGCUCCUUCAGAAGCCUCCAUUUGGACCAGAUUCUGUGAGGUGGAUGUCGUUGAGGUAGUCAGCGGUCUUCACAAUGGUCUCAUCUUGCCAGCUGUGCCCGUGGAAGUAGUAAGGUUCGAGCAGCACAUGAACGAGCCGGUCCGGAUGCACAACAUCUACAAGCAGGCACGAGAGCAGGCAAAUCAAACCGAAAAUGGAGGAAAAGUGAAGCGGAAGGAUCGUGUAGAGAUCAAAUGCACCACGCCAAAGGAACAGUUGCUUAUUGAGCACCGUUUUGCGGAGGGUAUCAGCUUUACGAUUGCGGACAUCAUCCUGUAUCCACUUUUGAAGAUUAUCUUCCAACACUGUGGGCAAAUGCUGCCGCAUUUUCCACUGACCAGCACCUGGUUUAGUGAGAUUGAUGCUUUUGAUGAGAGCUGUUCGAAGAUUCUCAACGAGCUGUACGGGGGAUCGAAGGUCAAUACACCGCCGGGAGACCUAUCUAUUCCAGAUUGCGAUGCCACUAGUCUGUACAAGGCCGAUCCAAAGCGGUACAAGCCCAGAAACCGCAUCUACACUAGCCAAUCGGAAGUGGAGGCUGCGCUUGGCAAACUAGCCGCACUGCAGUUGGAGUUCAGCUCGGAUUCCGAACACAACUACGGACAACGGCUGAUUGAUUGGGAAAAGAUUGAACCCUCACACGCCAAGAGCUCAGCUCUGCCCAAGGAGCGGCUCGAACGAAAGCGUCAGCAGCUGGAAAACAUGGCCAACGCUGUGGUUUCCUUGGCGAAACCGGGAGAUCGGAUAGUGGACUUUUGCAGUGGCACUGGUCACCUGGCCAUCUUGCUGGCCUUGAAGCUGCCAAAGUGCACUGUGAUUGUGAUGGAAAACAAGGCUUUCUCUCUGAUCCAGGCCCAAAAACGGGCGCUGGAACUGGGACUUACCAACUGUGUCUUCUACCAAUGCAAUAUAGAUUACUUUGUGGGAGAUUUCGAUAUUGGAGCGUCUUUGCACGCCUGUGGCACAGCCACGGAUAUUGUUUUGCAGCAGUGUCAACGGGCAAAGGCCCACUUUGUUUGCUGUCCUUGUUGCUAUGGAUCGCUGCAACCCAUGCCGCACAUAUCGUAUCCGCUUAGCGAAAUCUUUCAACAGGUGUUGGGUACAAAGGAUUUUCUCUACAUAGCUCAUACGGCGGACCAGGCACACGAAAUGGGGACAACGAACUGCAAGCCGGACACCACGCUGCAGGGGCUGCUGUGCAUGGCCAUUGUCGACACAGACCGACAGCUGCAGGCUGAGGAGGCGGGCUACGAGGUGAUCCUCACGCGACUUAAGCCCGAGCAGUGUACGCCAAAGAAUCAUCUGCUAGUCGGACGUUUUGUCAAACAGAACUGAAAUUCCUAACUCUGGAAACUGCCCCAGGCAUAAAAUAAAUAAAUGCAUUUUUGUAACUCCUGAUUUUACAGGGGGUUUUAAAGCCUG